UGACAUUCUUUGGCAAGAUUCUGAGGAUAUUUCUCCACAUUUUAAAGAUUUACUAACAAAUUUUUAUAAUAAUAACAUCAAAAUUUCUAUUUCUACCAAAUGAUUGUGAUCAAAAAGUGUGGCAGGUGAUUUGUCAUUCUGAUAGAAUUUUUACAUCAAAAUUAACUUCAAAGUUUAUUUGUUACAGUUUUCAUGAACUAAAAAAUUCCAACAUGUGACCAUAACUAGAUAAACUAGAUAUGUAAUGCAAUAGUUAAUAUCGAAAUUAUUGUGAAUUUAGCGCAAUAUCUAAUCUAUUGCCAUAACACAUGUAUUCAAGUAGGUUAUGUGCGCCUCAGUAUGUAGUCAAUUAUUGUGCAGUUCAGUCGCUAAAUCUCAAAAUUAUCGUUCACCACAAUGUCACGAAUUGUUAAACUGUAUCAAUCUGCUCUCAACAAACAUCCAUUCUAUUUCCAAGUGGCACAAACUGGCGUUUUGAUGGGAACUGGUGAUGUCUUUGCACAAACUUUCGUCGAACGCAAAUCAUGGAAAGAAUACAGCUUUUACAGGACAAUGUCAUUCGUUACGGUCGGCACAUUUCUAGUCGGACCAGUUUUGACUCGCUGGUACGUUUUCCUGCAAAAGAAUUUCGGCGCAGGUAAAUACGCCGUGUUUAAAAAGGUCGCCGUUGAUCAAGCAUGCAUGGCACCGUGUUUGAUCGCGGGGAUCAUCACAUCACUCGGUUUGGUUCAAACUCGACCAAUAAGUGAAAUCAAACGACAAUUUCGCAAUGAAUACAAAAAUAUCCUCAUGACCAACUACAAACUGUGGCCGUUUGUUCAACUCGUCAACUUUUACGUUGUGCCUCUGAAUUAUCAAGUGCUAGUUGUACAGCUUGUUGCCAUCGCGUGGAAUACUUAUCUCUCUUGGAAAAUUGAUGAGUCUCAUGAUAAAGAGAAUUAAAUAAUAUAAAAGAAUUUUAUUUAAAUAUU